AUGUCUCUAUCUUCAAGGCUUGAUGUUGAGAUGGAUAAUGGAGAGUCUAGAUCUACCACAGGAUACGAGUGGACUGAUUUAACUACAAUCAACCGUAUUGGUUCUAGUCUCUCCGGAGCCUAUCCGGCUGCACCCAAUGACGCUCUUGUAGUCUUGGGUGAUCUUCUGGAUUUCUCAAAUCGGUACCCUAAGUAUUGGGACACCAAUUAA